AUGUUGAUGCUGGAGUCAGGGAUGACCCAGGAUGAGAUCAACAAGUGCUCAUUGGCCGCGAGCAAUGCGUGGGCAGACGAAUGCAUGGCAAAGGCCAUCCAGCCCUCCAAGGCCAACGUGCAGACGGUGGCGGUGCGCGGCGCCGGGCCAACGGAGAAGCUCACGGUGAAGACCGCGCCCAGUGACCAGGCAGCUUUCGUCAACAACCGCCCCGAGUUCGAGAAGGUGUGGAACACCUACGGCAGCAGUGCUGGCUCCGGGAGCUGCUCCAUCCCCAUCUACAACAAGCAUCGGAGGAUCGAGCUGGCCAGACUGGAGAAGAUGGACAAAGACCAUGCAGCUCUUCAAGAGGCCUCGGAGUUUCAGGCGAAGCGGGAGGCCGCGAUGAUGGCGGACGAGGCGGCCACCGACAAGAAACGGUCCAAGCGGCAAAAGAAGAAGGAGGCCCAGAAGAAGGCAGAGCAGCUGAAGAAAGAGGCGGACGGUAUCAACAAGUUUGGCAGCGACGGCAGUUUCAUGGACAUGAUGGCCAAGAUGGAUCCAAAGGUCCUGGAGGCGGAGGUGAGGAAGGCCAAGGAGGAGGCCGCCCAGGCAGCAAAGGAGGCGGCCCUAGCCAAGGCGUCCACCAUUACGCCAUCCCAGAUGAGCUCCGAGCAGAACAUCACCAUCCGUGAGACUAGCUUUUGA